AUGCCUGUGUUGGAGUCUUGCUGGUCACCAUGUAUUUGGGCUUCUACAGUGAAGAGUGGAAGCAGAGUAGUAGCGGCGUACACCGCGGCUAUGAGCAUGGUUCUCAUAACGUUUAUUGCAUAUCAGAUGGCCGGUGGUGAUUCAACACAGCUAUGGAAUCCGUUGUUUGAAGCUGAUGUACGAGGAUCUUUGCAAGUCUUUGGAAUAAUUUUCAUAGUUAUCCUUUUGACGCUCAUUGUAUCUUCUGUGUUAAUGGUUAUUGGCAUAAAUAUCUGGAUGCGUGGGUUGAUGCUGCCAUGGAUGUUCACAAUGGGCCUUAUUAUAGUCUUUCAGUUAAUAUUCGGCUUGUGGCUGCUUGGUGGAUACUAUAUUUACCUCGAUGCGACGUUUGCUGCAUUUAUUGACUUCCUAUGGAUGGCAUACAAUAUAUACUGCUGGCUAUGUGUAUUAUCUCAGUAUCAAAUAAUAUUGGAAAUGCAGUCACCCAACAUAGAAAUUUUGGUCGAAUACUAAUAUUGCCUAGAAAAUAUAAUAAGACAAAGUUUUGUAUU